AUGCCACUCUCCCGGAAAGAGCUGAGGAGAGCCCCAGAAGAGGGAUCAACCAGCAGCCACGGAGCAGAAGCCAGAGGGGGUUGCAGUGAUGUGCCCGUGUGCUCCACCGGCAGCCAGCUGUGCCAGAGUGGACUGAGGCCCAGGCCCAGAGGCCGAGGGCACCCCACCCCCGAAGGGGCCCAAGAGAGCCCCAGGCUCCAGAUGCUGAGUAUAAAGCUCAUGGUGGUGGGUGAUCUUCAUUCAGGAAAGCGGGAAUUGCUCAUGACCUUUACAGGCACAGACAUCAAACAAUACACGCCCUCAUUUUUUUCCAAUUGUGUUGUGACAGUGAGUAUUGGUGGAGAGCUGUACAAUCUGGGACUCUAUGACUUUUCAGGUCAGGAAGAUUAUGACAGACUGCGACCCCUCAGCUACCCUCAGACUGACGUCUUCCUUGUUUGUUUCUCUGUCGUAUCACCGUCAUCUUUCCAGAAUGUCGCAGAGAAGUGGGUGCCAGAGAUUUCACUCCACUGCCCAGGGACGCCCUUCCUGUUGGUCGGGACUCAGGUGCAUUUAAGAGAUGACAGCGACACCCUGGAGAAGCUGGCCAACAAAAAACAACAAGCUGUGACCUUCAAGAGUGGAGAGAAACUGGCUCGUAACCUGAAGGCAGUCAAAUACAUUGAAUGUUCAGCUGAGACACAGGAAGGAUUGAAGUACGUGUUUGAUGAGGCUGUUCUUGCUGUUCUGGAGCCUCCAGAUACUAAACCCAAGAAGCACUGCAUCCUGCUAUAAAUGCCACAAGAAGAAGAGAACACAGAGGAGAUGGUGGAGGUGUAGAUUAGAGAUAAG